CGACGUACAAUUGAUUAGACUAAGCGGGAGACAAUCCUCCCCUGGAGCAAUGCAGGGUUAAGGGCCAUGCUCAAGGCUAUGCGGAUCUUAUUGUGGCUACACCGGGGAUCGAACCACCGACCUUGCGCAUCCCAGUCAUUUACCUUAACCACUACGCUACAGUCCAUCCCAGGUAUUGACAACAAUGGGGGGAAAUUCCACCAGAAUGUGUCAUAGUUUCGCUCUCUGCUCAUGCUCAUUUGUGUCCCUGGUCACAAAGAAAACACAGGGCUGUACCCGGCAGAUGAACCAAUGAAAAAAAACUCAGGCAGUGGCCACACAAGGGUGCAACGAUUUUACUUUGGAUCGUUUUGUGGAAAUAAAAACCUUGAUAUCUUUGUCUGUGCGCUAGGGGGAAACAUAUAUAUUUUUAACCUAUAAAAAAUUAUGAACAAAAGAAUAUGUCGCAUUGAUUGAACAUCAAUAUAUGAUUGGAAAUGCGUUUCAUUUGCUGUGAAACAUGAAUGCAGUCCAAUGGGAAUUUAUUAAAUUUUUGAGCGAAAAUAUAGGUGUCGCUAUAACUUCGUAUCAUUUGGCGAAACGAAUGGCUGGAAAGCUGGCCCCUUUCUGCGCUUCCUGAAUUGGCAGCGCUCUGAUUAGCAGUGUCCCCAUAAGCUAUGAGCGUGUCAGUAUAUGGACAUUUGCCAUGUUGGAUUAUUUUCUGUUGUACCUCCUCUCCGUAUCCCCCACAUCAUAUCUUAAGUAACGUUUGUAUCGUUGCUGCCCUCUAACACUGAUCCUAUAUAAGCUAUCAACUGUAUUAAGUAAUUGCUGGGCCUAGUGUAGGGGUUGGGCAAGCACACCUGUCAUUUUUCAGGGACGGAAUGUAGCUGUAGUGUUGUCUUUAACCAAGAUAACCAAGUUGUAGUUAAAAGGAAUGUCAGGCACUGGAGAUAAACUCUGACAGCUGUGCAGAGAGGGGCUAUUUAUACCCUUCAUUGAGGCUCUGUGGACCUCCUCUCUCUCCCACUCCUCUCUGCUACCUCAGAUAGAAUUGCUCCUUCUGGACCUUUCUUCCACGCUCUCCUUCAUCCCCGCUGUCACAGAACAUUCUGGAAGAGUUGGAAGGAGUGGCCAGUCUCUAGAUAAGGGUCCACAUCUCUCUCUUGGAUAGAGGUGCGAAACGGGGGGAAGAGGGUCUACAAAAGCGUGAGAGCAGAGAGAGUUUUGCCGGCGAAAAGUUAAACAUGUCUCUGUUGUGCUACAACAAGGGCUGUGGGGACAGAUUCGAGGAGGCCAACAACUCUGACGGCUCCUGUCUGCAUCACCCCGGGGUGCCCAUCUUCCACGAUGCACUGAAGGGCUGGUCAUGCUGCAAGAAGAGGACCACAGACUUUUCAGAAUUUCUCUCCAUCAAGGGCUGCUCACGGGGUCAGCAUAGCAACAAGAAGCCCGAGGAGCCCCUGCGCCCCGAGGUGACCUCAGAUAAGGGGGACGUGCAUUUUGAGGGGGGGCAGGAGAUAAUCUACCGGGGCCCCAAAUCUGCAGAGGCCCUGGAGAAGGAGAGACCCAGCCCAGAUGAGCCCAAGGCUAAGCUCCCGGUGAAGGUGUCCCCCUCUCUGGCCCAGCUGCUUGAGAAACUGGACCUCAGCAACAAGGAAGAGGCCCAGAAGAAAGAGACCGAGGCUGCCAUGCCAGGAACAAGGUGCAAGAACGCAGGGUGCAAAACGGUGUACCAGGGCCCUGAGACAGACGCAGAGACCUGUACCCACCACCCUGGGGUACCAGUGUUUCAUGAAGGAUAUAAGUACUGGAACUGCUGCCACAUCAAGACCCUGGACUUCAACGCCUUCCUAGACCAGAAAGGCUGCACCGUGGGCAAACAUCGCUGGGUCGCCAAGCAGAACAAGAAGAACGUGGCCUGCAGGCACGACUGGCACCAGACCGGCGCGCAGGUGGUGCUCACCGUCUACGCCAAGAACUCCAUCCCUGAGCUCUCGUACGUGGAGACCAACCGCACCCUGCUGACAGCACACAUCCAGUUCGACAACAACAAGGUUUUCCACAGAGACUUCCAUUUCUGGGGGGUGGUGGACGUGGCCCACAGCUCCGUCACCAUGGUGCCCUCCAAGGUGGAGGUGGCCCUGCGGAAGGCGGACGCCGUGGCCUGGGGUCGGCUGGAGGACCCGCGCUUCAAGGUGGAGCCGCAGCCGGAGACGCAGGAGGACGACGCCCCGGACCCCGAGCAGACCAGGCCCGACUGGGACAUCUCCGACGACGACAUCAGCGAAUCGGACGAGGACGACGAUCUCCCACCCUUAAGUCACACCCCUCCUCCCCAGUAGGGGGCAGUCUCCGUAACAUCAAGACUAUUAGGUAUUUGUAUUGAAAUUAAUUUAAACUUCAAACUAUUAUUUAUUUAUUUACCUUAUAAUAAUGUAAUCACACGGGUGUACUGUCAACAAGGUCUCCUGUGUUCAUCCUGUGUUUAUUUAACUACGAAUUAAAUUGACCAGAGAAUUUAUUGCAGCAGGCCAACAUCUUGUAUUUGGUGACAUAAAUCUUUGUCACACAUUGUAACUCCCAGAGAAUAAUCCAGAAAAACAGUGAUAUGAAUGCAUUGGGAGUGGGUCAUUUGGAAACUUUUAGUAAUUAGUCAUUCAAAAAUUUGGGUAAAAAUACACCAGAUCUGAAUCCUUCUUCAUUCGGAUGAUACAAACAUUGUAAUAGCAUUAAAUCUUAAAUGGACUACUCCCAAUAUACUCUAAAUCUGGAUCACAGACAAUUUUUCUUUAGCAAUGGUGCUAAGACUACUACAGACACCACAGCUGUGAAUGUGAAUGUAAAAUCCCAACUGAGCUUGGUACGGUGAUGAGCCAUGGUUAUAAAUGCUCACAGAAAUGGCAUGAAAUCCUGCAAAUUUAAAAGAAAACCUAUGAAGUCUUAGUUUAAGUCAAUGUGCAAUGUUUAUCUUUUUUCUAAAAAAAUGUGUUUCUUUUCUGUUCAAUAAAAUUAGAAGACACGUUUUGGUUUUCUUAUCAAAUUGC